AUGAGGAUUUUCUCAACAACAGCACCACCGGACAAUACUCAUCAGCAAGAACAAGAUCAAAACAAUCACUUAUUGGAAACUACUAACUUUCAAUUUAUUGAUAGAUCGCUCGAUUGGAUUGAAUUAAUUCAUCAUAAACCUCCUACAUCAUCACCAAUUUCAACAGAUCAGCAACAGGGUGAAAAAUCCGAAUUAAACCGAGACGAAGAGCCUAUCAUGAAUGAAACAUUGAGUCAUCAACUUUCCAACAACAAUAAUAACAACAACAGUAAUCAUACUCAAGGACACAGAAAUCAUCACACCCACACUGUACAAUUUUCAACGAAACCAACUUCUAACGCUCACCAUCAUGUACCAGAAACCACAACAACUCCAUUCGUCAGGAAAUCGCCUUCUCGACCCUCUCAUCCAAACCAACAACAUCAUGACAUGAUAAAAGAACUACAAAAACGAACGAGUGGACUUUUUGGUGAUUCCCCGGUUGCUGCUGGGAACGACAAUGGGUAUGAAAGUGGAAGCUCUUCCAAUGGAGACGAGUCAACAACAGCACAACAGUCCAAUAAUGGAGACGAGUCAACAACUCCAUCGGUGGCACUAGCAAGCGAAGGUAUUUCGGAAUAUUGUGAUAAGCUUUUAGCCAAUAAUAAUAAUUAUAACAACAAGAUUAAUGACGAAGAAAACGAUAAUAGUGUGAGAAAUCGACCAACACGAGUUCCCUCUAUGCCUGUUCAACACUCUACUCAGAAAACGGUACAAUCGAGAACUGCUUCUCUGAUACAACAUAUACAGAGUCAACCCAAUUUGACAGUUCCACUGCAGUCACAGCCUAUUUCACUUCUUUCGCAAUCCCUCCUCAAGAAAAAUACCGAUGAUGAUUACAUUGUUGUGGAGGAAAGCGACAUUGAUUCCGCAUACAUGUUGAAUAAGAAGUAUCACAGUGAAGCAGCCCUAACAAAGCUCGAAUCGAAACAAAACACACAACCAAAACCAACAAUCAAGCAUAAUAUUGGGAAAAUUUUUCCAGAAGGCACCGAAGCUUGGCUCUUACCAGGAGAAUGUAUUAUCAAUCAUGUCAAAUCCAUUGGCGUUCUAAAGAAUUUGCCAGUGACCUAUUUUCCUCAAGCACAAUCCAACCCCCAAGCCAUUUCAUCAACCAAUAACAAUUCGAGUAAGCACGGUGUGGAAGAGUUUUUAACAACAACCGAAGAAUUUUUCAAUGAAUUAUUGUCUGGAACCACCGCUUCGAAUAAUAACUAUGCAAGCAGCACUGGAAGCACAACAAGUAAUUCUGGAGGUGGAAGUAGCAACACCAACGCUCUAACAGAUCAAUCGGAUACAGAAUUGACACUUGUUUUUGGAGAAUUGUACAUCACUAACUUUCAAGUUCGAUUUCAGAGUAAUUCAAAACCAUACCUUGUUUUAAGCACGCCACUUGCAUGCAUUCUAAAAAUGAGCGUUAAAUAUCCACAAACAGAAACACCUACUUACAGCAACUAUUAUAGUCAAUAUUUAAUUUCGGCUCCUACAGUUACGACAACUACUGACAGAUUCAAUAGUCUAGGAUACAUUAGUAUCAAGAGCAAGGAUUUCCAAGUAUUGAAGUUUUUGUUUUUCAAAGCUUCAACUCAAACAAUGGAAAAGGUAAUGGAAGCACUGAAAAGCACCUGUGGAGCAGCCUCGAGAAGACCAUUCGCGUAUCCUUUUAGGAAAUUUAUGACUUCUGAAUUCGGUAUCUAUAGCCAAGAAGAUAUUGAAAAUGGAUGGAAGGUGUACAAGAUGAAGAGAGAAUUCAAGAGGCAAGGGCUAAAACUAAAAAGCAGUGCUUCUAUGUGGCGCGAUACAGGUGUCAAUGUCAAAUACAAAAUAUGUGACACAUAUCCCGAACAUUUAAUCGUUCCAAAAGAUGUGAACGAUGAAAUGCUAGUUGCUGCUUCGUUAUUUCGUAGUAAGGGAAGAAUUCCUAUUCUCUCAUGGAUACAUCCUAUUAAGAAACUCUGUAUUGUUAGAUCAAGUCAACCUAUGGUGGGUAUAACUCGAGCCAGAUGUAAAGAAGAUGAGGAAUUAGUGGAUGCCAUCCGAAGAGCUUCUGGAUCAGAACGACUACUUAUCAUUGAUUGCAGACCAAAGGCCAACGCUUGGGCCAACACGGUGAUGGGCAAAGGUUACGAAAAUAUUUCAUAUUAUACAAAUUGUUCACUAGAGUUUAUGAAUAUUGAGAAUAUUCAUGCCAUGAGCAGCAGUUUGAACAUGCUCAAAAAAUUAAUUCAAAAACAAAAUAAUGACCUGUAUUGGUUAUCCGCUUUUGAAGCUACUGGUUGGUUAAAACACUCCAAACUCAUCAUGCAAGCUGCUGCAAAAGUUGUAGCUUCCAUAGAGCGAUUUGAUACAUCAGUAUUGGUGCAUUGCAGUGACGGAUGGGAUAGAACUGCUCAAAUUUGUGCACUUGCAGAGCUAUUGUUAGAUCCAUAUUACAGAACGAUUGAAGGUUUCGAGGUCCUAAUUGAAAAAGAAUGGGUUUCAUUUGGCCACAAAUUUUUGGAUCGAGUUGGCCACUAUGCUCCCAAGCAUGGAAAUAACUCAGUAUCUGACGAAGUUUCUCCUGUAUUUUUACAAUUUAUUGACUGUGUUUUUCAGAUUUGGCAGCAGUAUCCUUCACAUUUUGAAUUUAAUGAGAAUUUCUUAUUCUUGAUUUUGGAUAGCUUGUACUCGUGUAAAUUUGGAAACUUUUUGCAUAAUUCUCCAAAACAACAGGCAGAGGACUCUAUUACAAAGGAAACAGUAUCAAUUUGGACGGAGAUUCUAGCAAAUCGUUCAGCCUAUGUGAAUGAUGUAUAUAAUCCCAAGAAUAGCGAAUUUUCAACUUUGAUUGUAAAUACUGAUAUGGAUACUCUGACUACUCACUUUUGGGUGAGUUACUUUUAUCGAUACAAGAAAGGACCUAAAAACAGAUAUCAUCGAAUGUUAAAGAAGGCACUCACCAAACUUAAAAAGGAUAACACUUAUUUAAUGAACUCGCUCAAUGAAGAAGUUCAAACCAGAAAACGAAUUGAACGCGAACUUUGUGAAACCAAAGAAAAGAUUCGAUAUUUAGAAGGUCAUCACUCUUUGGACAGUCAAGGCAUUACAAAUUCCUACGACAGUAAUCAUGAUCGACUCGAUAGUGCCAGCGUCUCUACCGACUAUGCCGAAGAUGGCUCAAAAGUAUUGCGAUUUGGAACUAGUGUCAAUGACAAUUUAGUUGAAAAUUAUUUCCAAUAA